CACAAGGUACCGAGCAGCAGCGUCCACGGGUCUUCUGACAAUAGAUCUGCUGUUUUUCAUCUCUCCGUCUGCGAAACUACAUCAGACUUACCAGAAUCCAAGAACAUUUGUGCCCUCGGUUUUCAUGGGCUGAGAGGAGAACUUUUUUUGAACUUUGUGCCGUGAUUAAUUUUGCAUACUUUUGGACCUUACUGUGCAGGAAACGGUUAAGGGAGAUUCACAUCAGCAGAAUGCUCCAGCAUCCUUAAAGAAUUAUUGAAAGGUCUGAGAAGUUCCCCAUCUCCUCUGACUGUACAACAUUCUGAAGCUAUCAUGGCUCAGGCAGAAGUAGCACUCCUUAGGUGGAUUUCGCUGCUUCUCUUCCUGCCUGUCACCUUAAGCCAGCGUGACUGUUCGGGUGUGGACUGUCCCCUGUUGGAAAACUGCAUCAAAGAAGUGUUGGAAAGCGGUGCCUGUUGUCCUUCUUGCUUGGAGAAAGGAUGUAAAUGUGAGGGUUAUGAGAAAUAUGACUGCAGCCGUGCUGGAUUUAACAAUAGCAUAGUGCCUGAGGGAGAAUCCUACUUUGUUGACUAUGGUAGCACUGAGUGCUCCUGCCCUGUUGGAGGGGGUCCCAUCAGCUGCCGCUACAUCAGUUGUCCCGAUAUGCCGCCAAACUGCAUUGAGAUUUUGGAACCUCAGGAUAGCUGCCAACAGUGUGAACGCAUUGGAUGUGUUCAUGAUGGAGAAAAAUAUGAGGCCGGACAUUCAUUUCACAUCGAAGAUUGUAGGGUCUGCCACUGUCCUAAUGAAGGAGGGCAGCUCAUGUGCUACCCUGUUCCUAAUUGCAAUCCCCAAAAUGUCCAUAAUCAUAAUUCCAUGUUAACAGAUGAUAACACAUUCAACGGACGAGAUAGCUUCUCCACCAGGUUCGAUCAGCGCUUUGCAUCAUAUCACCAUCCUUCCAGUGGGAAUCUUCCUCUUUUCAAAACGUCACCAUCUGAUAAUGACGAUUCAGAGGAAUAUGAUUACAGCCCUCCUGACUUUUCUGAGACAUAUCCUGAUUUAUUUGUUCUACCCACCCAGUCCUCCAUCUCCUCCAACAAAGUUGUAUCUAUAGGCUCUGAGAGACCUGACAGAACUUCCUCCCUCCUGGGUUUAAAUGUUCAAGAAAAGAUGGAGAUAGUUCAUUACCAUCUGGGAGACAAAGAAGAAGUGACAAAAGUUUCCUUGACUGCCGAGCAGAGUACUGCCAGGUCACUGGUAAAUGCAACCACUUCUUGGCAGGGUCUCCCAUACACACAAACUCCUUCAUUUAGUGAUAGGAAUACUUAUACUGAAUUGGAAAAUCCACUUUAUGCACACACAAGUUUGGAAAGUGAUGCCUUUCCAGUAAACAACCUAAAGAGUUUAGAAGGGAAUUCAGAAAGAGCCCUUCAUCAUCAGAAGAGUUUGAGUGAGAAGGCUGAUGUGCAUGACCAUAAUGCAUCUAAUGGUAUAACACCCAAAAGUUUAAACAGUCAGGUAGACAUAAAUCACCUAAUGGGAAGUACGGAAAAUGUGCCUGACCAGAAAGGUGGAUCGGACAGAGAAGAGUUUCCACUAUUUAUGCUGAGAAACAUGGAUGUUACUAACGGUGCAAAUUCAAGAGCACAUUUUCCUGAAGAACUCCAUGGACCAGGGGGUGAGGAAUGGUUUAAUGAAGAAGAAAUAGAAUCUGUUGCAGGAACUAAAGAAAAUGAUGUGCCAGACUCAAUAAGGUCAGCACAAAAGGAGAAAAGCCACAUGGAUUCCGAGUCCAGCAGUCCAUCACAGGGAAAUCCUGACUAUCAGCAAACAACCUUGGCUUUUUUAAUCACUACUACAGUCCAGCCGCCUUCAACCCCAAGACUGACAAAGAGUCUACCCAGGAGAGAUCCACUUCACAGUCCCGGUAGAGAGGACCUGAAGGUCGAGGGGAAGAAGGGAGAAGAGGAGGCCUAUAGUCCUGUUUUACUCUUCAGACCAGAAGGAGAUCCAGGGGAAUCUUCUGAAGACAUGCUGCAGACUUGCUGUGCUGCUGGACAGAGAUGGGCUAGGGAAAAGAACCACUGCAACCACAUUGCUGUGCUUAGUGACAAGCACUCUGUUUGCAGUGUAGUUGAGCAGCAGUGCUGCCUGAGGUCUGUAAAAGAUAGCUGGUGUGAUUCAGGAGUGACGGCAGCCAGAGCAGGACACACGUGUGAAGCUGAUGUGGACAAGUCAUGCACAGAUGAAUACCAGGUGUGCUGUAGCUGCUGUGCUAUUGGCCUGUGGAUGCGCAGUGAAGGACGAGGUUGCAAUACCCACAAGUACCUGAGCUAUCCUUGUGGCCACAUUUUCCUUUCCUGCUGUGAGGAAGAUGAAGGUCAAAGCCAGCUGCCACUGUGGAGCGAGAAGAAAUCCUGGCCAACUGCCUUGCCCAGACGAGAGACUCCAGAGGAGCACAGCCAUGUGGAAGAACUGAACAGUUCUACACAAGCCACUGUCACCAUAACUACAACCAGUGAGACCACCACAAGCCCUGCCCACCUCCAUCCAUGUGCAGAUCAGGGUGGCUGCAGUCAGCAGUGUACUGCAGUGGCGGGCCAAGCUUACUGCUCCUGCUUUCCAGGGUUUUCACUGAUGACCGAUAGAAGAACAUGUGAAGAUAUUGAUGAGUGCCUGGUAAGAACCCAUAAUUGUGGUGAGGGCUUUGUGUGUGAGAACACGGUGGGCUCCUUCCACUGCAAUCCCAAACUCAAGUGCGUUACUGGAUUUACACAGGACUCUCAUGGUAACUGUAUUGACAUUAAUGAGUGCAGCAGCCUAAGUGAGCCCUGCACUUCAGGUUCCACCUGCAUCAACACAGUGGGCUCCUACACGUGUCAGCAGAAGAUAAUAAUGUGCAAUCAGGGCUACCACUCCAGCCCUGAUGGAACUAAGUGCGUUGACACUGAUGAGUGUCAGAUGGGAAUACACCGUUGCGGAGUGGGCCAGAUCUGUCAAAACCUCCCCGGCAGCUACCGCUGUGAAUGUCAGACGGGCUACCAGUACGAUACCUUCCGCAAAGUCUGCAUAGAUGUAAAUGAAUGCUGGCGGUAUCCUAGGAGGCUGUGUGCCCAGACCUGUGAAAACACCCCUGGCUCCUACCGUUGCUCAUGCACAACUGGCUUCUCCCUAGCACUGGAUGGAAAUAACUGUGAUGAUGUUAAUGAGUGUGACAACAAUCCCUGCAGCCAGGAGUGUGUCAACAUAUACGGCUCCUUUCAGUGCUACUGUCGUGAAGGCUAUUACUUGAAAGAGGACCGACACACCUGUGAAGAUAUUGACGAGUGUUCUCAGAGCAUCGGGGACCUUUGUGCCUUCCAGUGCAUUAAUGUUGUCGGCAGCUACCGAUGUGCCUGUCCUCCUCAUGGGUAUGUUUCAGCAGCCAAUGGACGCACCUGUAGAGACAUUGAUGAGUGCAGGACUGGAACCCAUAACUGUUCCUUCUCACAGAGCUGCUAUAACCUACAGGGCAGCUUCAAGUGUCUCUCCUUUGAUUGCCCUCAAAACUACAAGAAGGUGUCAGAUACACACUGCCAGCGGAUCAAUUGUCCCACCAACUCCAUAGAUUGUCAGAGCUCUCCUCUAAGGAUCACUUACCAUCAACUCAACUUCAAAACCAACAUCAUCACUCCAGCUCAGAUUUUCCGUAUUGGACCAUCCCCUGUCUACUCAGGUGACAACAUUGUCAUUAGCAUCAUCAAAGGCAACAAAGAAGGCUACUUCAGUACCCGCAAGCUGAACAGUUUCACCGGUGCUAUUUAUUUGCAAAGGAAAGUUGGUGAACCCAAGGAAUUCCUGAUAGAUGUGGAGAUGAAGCUGUUGAGGCAGGGAACGUUUACUUCGUUCCUGUCCAGAAUCUAUGUCUUCAUUACAUCCAGCAAGAUGUAACGCCAAACACAAAAGGACAAAAACAAUGUAUCUUAUAAGGUGCUUAAUGUUUUUUUCUGUUGAGACUUUAGGAAAUUUCUGAAUUAUUAAGUGUGGCACCAGAAUCUUGUGCUUAAAAACUUUCUAAAGGCUUACUACAUACAUAUUUCAUCAUAUUUCUAAAGAAAUCUUGGUCAUGCUUUAUGCAGUCUACUCUUCAUGAUUUAUGGUUUAUUUGUCUGAGCGCUUCCCAGUGACUUCAUGUGUAUACACACAUCUUUGCUCAUUUAACGCAUGCACAGCUUGUGUAUACACAUAUAUACACACUAUAUUGCCAAACAUUUGUCUGCAUGGUUUCACAUGUACAUGAACUUUGAUGGCAUCCUAUUCUUGAUCUAUAAGGUCAACAAUAGCAACUUUAACUAUUCUGUAAACAUCAUCCUCAAGGUUUAGGUGUUCUUAUAGCCUCCGCUCUAAUUCAUACCAAAGGUGUUCAAGAAGGUUGAGGUCAGGACUCAAGUUUCUCCACACCAAACUUCAUACACCUGCAGCCAUGCAAGUGAUUGGAACACCGGGACUCAUUGAUUUGGUGCUGUGAUCCAAUACAUUUGGCAAUAUUGUGUGUAUAAACACACACACACACACACACACACACACACACACAUGGUGAUCCCGCCAGAGGUCCUCCAGGGGACCUGGCACCAAUCUCCCCGUGUCUGCCUUGGACACACACAGUCUGUGGCUACUUAUGCCCGCUAUUGAAUAUUCUUUUGGAGAAAUCUUAUUUACACAAGGGCGCUCACUCAUACGCCCACAGGUGUUUGAAUUCAGGUGUUAACAGAUAUACAGGUAUAGAUUUUAUUGAGCUGCAGUUGCCACUAAAUAUAUCCUGUAUUGAUUAGUACCGUGUACUUUGCAGUAAUGUUGUUGUUAUAUAUGCAUUUGUUGUUUGUCCCUGUUGUUUUCUCUCUCUCUAAUGGUGCCAGAAUAGAAAAUGUUUGAAAACCAAAGAAACAUCUAAACUACAUGUUUUGUGCAAUCUGUGAAAGGGGGUUUAACAGGUGAGUGGGCUAAAGCUGAAAGAUACAUUGGCUUACAGGAAACCUGCUCCAUUCUUAACCAGACCAGUGGUGAUAAUGGAGAGCCAUAAUGUAGGCAAAAUGGAAUUAUUUUACGGGUAGCUCCCAGCAGGGGCGGUUUUUGGGCGUUGAAACAUUAGGGGCUUGAGCCCAGACAUCUUCUUCCUCCUCUUCCCUUUUUAAACAUUGCCCUUUCAAGACUGUAUUCAUAUAUUUUUCAAAGUAUUAUUGUUAUAUUUUGUUUGCUGGAUUAUAUUAGUUAUACUGGUUAGAAUUGAAUUGCAUAUGAAAUAUGCAAAAUAUAACAUUGUGCUAAUACACAACAAAUUUCUGUCAGAGGUGGAAAAGAACAUUUAUAAAAAUCCUAUACUGUUGUUAUUAUAUUUACUUUUAAAAGUCAACUAAGCACACUCUAAGUAUGUGCUUCUUUUAUGUAACAAGAGAUGAUUUAAAAUUUUAACCCAGGCUCCUCCGUUCUUUGCUACCAAUGGACAACUCUGUGAACUGCAGUGAUGGAACUGUCGUGUUCUGGUAUAUACAGACAUUAGUCCCACAGAGGGACGUAAAGACACCAGAUAGGAGCCAGAUCACCAUUUGAGCUUGAUUAUUGCCAGAAUUAGCUGCCCUCUCAGUAAUAGUAAAACUUUUGUGGUAAAAACAGAAACUCAACUAAAAUAUCAGAUUGUUCUUCGUGACAAAAUAGAAAAACUUUUUGUUUUAUAGAAAUGAUUUGUAGUAAUAACAAUUGGUAUUACCACUACUAAUAAUAAUGUUGACAAUAACAACAACUAAAUUAUUGCCAACCUCUCCCUAGUAACCUAACAACACCAGUUGGGAUGUCACAAAAUGGCGGUAAUUCAUCACAAAUUCCCUGUUAAAAUUAAAUACACACUAAACCCAAACGCAUUCUAUGUCACUAUACAAGGAGCAAAAAAUGAAAACACUAAAUUUAAAAUGACUGGGUAAUUUUAGUGCAUUUACAAUAAAUCAGUGGUGGGCCAUGCAUUUCGCUCCUGGGCCUUCAGUGAGGUCCUACACAGUCCCACCCGAAUUAAUCCACCUUUUAAUAUCAUCAUUAUGAUACCAUGCUUCUGGACACUACCAGUUAAACUACAAGCUUUAGGAUUGCUUGAAUACUGUCAAAACAUUUAAGGGAUUAGUCUCCAAUUUUUAUUAAGUCCACCAAAACAAAGUAUAUGAGCUUUAACAAGUUUGUUCACUAAACAGCACAUUGUUGGACCCAAAGCAGUUUGAGGCCCCCGUCCUGGAUAGUCUCGGAGAUCAAAGUAACGAAGCAGCCUCGAACGGUCAGAUAUAGUUGUAGAUCUGGUAUUCCCAUGCAAGGGACAUACACUCCCUCAGUGUUUAUUAGUAGACUAUAUCUCACCAUUGUGGUGUCUAUCUGAUAGAGUGUGUAGUAGCAGGUGUCAAAUCCUUAAUCUAAGUGUUGCUGCAGUAUUCUUAUCAACCCGGUUAAAGACUGUUCCACCAUCGAACCCAACAUACUGAACCUUGUGUCAAACCAUAGGUCAUUUGUCCAUUGUAAUGUACGUCAAUGAGUAUCUUGACAAAAGUGAAAACAUUAGAAUUUAUACUGUAUCAUUAUGGUGUGAGUGGGAAAACUCUUCUAGAAGUAAUAAUAAGAAGGGUUAUUCCUAACAAUCCCCUUUAGACCAGUUAGGCCCCCAGGCAGUAGGUAGACUGUGGAGCGCCCACAAGUGAGUAACCCAACCCUGCGAGUCUAUGCUAAACCUAUAUAUGACCAGGAAAUCUCCUUCCAGCUGUCACGUGGUUUCCCCUCCCUACCAUGGCGGAAUGCCAUCUCUCCAGUAGACUACUGGUGGUGUUUAAGCAACAGGUGAUGCACGUAGUGGAGAUAAAUCUAAACCCAUCAAAGCUGUGCAUGAUUGGAGCAAGAAAAGAAAGGACAACAGCCUUGAAUCACAGCUGAAAAUUCUGUCUAACAUCAUAUGAAUCAGUUAAUGUAGACCCUAAACGUCGAUUGUCUUCAUCCAUCUCCACUCCCCUCAGAACGACAUCCAUCCCCACACAUCCUUUGGCAUGGUUAUCUACCUGAAAGGGUUAGUCCUAUAAUAAACAGAAUUAUAUGCAGCUACUGGAUAGAUUAAGUCCAGUUGUAAUUAAUUAACAACUACUAUUAUAAGCAAAAUAGUCCACAUAGUGGCAUAAUCAAAGCAAACAAAGUUAGAAAGCAAACAAAUUCCCACCAGCUCUACUGAGCUUAUUAAGCUGCAUUUUGGGCUUGUAACAACUGCAUACCUGGAAAUUAUUAUUUAAAAAAACAUUAACCCCAUUUAGCAAAAAGAAAUCCAUGGACUUCUUUAAAGCAGCAUUCAUUUACCUUUGACCAUAUUGAAAAAUACCCUCUAUCACAUUGUUUCCUGUGGAAGGAGGUUAAGACAUAAACAAUGAAAAACAAUUUCCUCAUAUUUGGCCUAUCUAAACACUCCCAGCUCUGAGGGUUCCUAAGUAAAGGUUCCAUUCAUAAAUCCACCCCGAUAUCAUAUAUAAUCUAGCUUCAUGAACCAAAAUCUUAAUUAUUCCUAGUUAAUCCUUUCCCAUCCCAUAAACUGACACACCAACUAAUGUACAACAUAUUUCAGGUGACAAUACACAUUCAAUUCGUUUUGGCUCCAAAUUUAAAAUUUUGGCCUUAAUACUGAGUCACCCCAAUUUCUGGAUUUAUUAUUCAUGUCACUGACUCCAUUAGUUCACUUCGUCUCCCGUUAUUUAAUCAAAGCAGCCAAUUUCGUCAACCCAAAUGUCCCGUAAAAACCUUCCUAUGCCCAGAAAGGAGUCAUUUUGUUUCAAUCAGAAACCAAUCUAGUUUAAUGUUAACUGGUAAUAGUCAAUAAGCCCAUUAGUUUAAUCAUAUAUCCUCCAUUAUUUAUUUCAAUUUAUUUAAUCAGUAUAUUAUUUUAGUAUUCUCCAUUAAUGCAAAUUUCGUAAUCCAAUUUAAACGAUUCUGAUCAAAAUUAUGUUCAAAUUCCUGUUGCAAUCUGAUCGGUUAAUUUAUACUGCGAACUUUAAUUCAUUCUGUCAUUGAUGGUAUUUACUCAAUUUACCCAUUUUAAAUCAUUAAUGAGUAAUCAAGUUAUUUAAUAAAGUAUUUAUACAUUCAA